AUGGAUCUGGGCGAUGAGGAUUCUGAGGGUGGACACGAGGGAGACGUGGCGGCGACCACGGAGGGACCAGUGAGCUGGGAGGAUAUCGGAACCGAGCAGGGCCAGGACUUCCAAACUGCUUCUUUCGAAGUUUCGCACCAAUCCCACACCUCUCAUUAUGCUCCCUCCGCCGCCGCGCCCGUCGUUGCAGACGAGCUCUACCUCGGCGCGUUCGACCCGGAAGACUUUAACCAAGAUGAUGGCGGCUACCCAGAAGACGACUACACCUGGUCUGACGACGAGGGGGCCUACGAUGAUGGUGGUCUUGACUAUCUUCAUGAAGAGGCAAACACGGCGCUUCGAGAAAGCCGUCAUGUCGAAGGGCGAUAUACAGAAGAAGAUGUCGUAUACAUGCUUAAAGACUUUUUGAAACGCGCUUCUCAAGGGUGCAAUCGCAAUGACAAGAAGAGACGCAAGGCCAGCGCGGCAAAGACGAGCUUUGAGAUCUUUGGCCUGCGAGCCUUUAUGACUACCAAAUGGCUCGAGUUUGGGGACCAUGAGUGGGCGCCCGAGGACACUGAGGAAGUCAUCUGGGAAAGAGGGUUGAAGAGGAUCAGGGAUAGCGUGUUGGACUAUUUGGAGACGGAGCUCAAAAUCCGUCGAAGGGAAGAGUUGCUGGUGCUCAGGAUGGAAGAGGCUCCUGUUUGCGAGGCGUGUGGGAGGGGUCCGAGAGUUGAAUUUCGCAUGGACGAUGAUGAUUGUUAA